UAUAUAUUACAAAUCUUAUCAUCUUCCUUUGCUGGUUCAGUUCAAAUUCAUGAUGGUUUUGUCCAAUGCCUUGCAUCACAAAACUCAAGCUCAAUAUCUGACAUUAUUUACACCCCAGAAAACUCAUCAUAUCUGUCCAUUUUGCAAUCCUCAGCGCAGAAUUUGCGAUCCGCAUCAAUCUCAUCCUCAGAGCCAGCUUACAUUCUUACACCAUGUGUUGAAUCCCAGAUUCAGGCAGCAAUUUAUUGUGCCAAGAAACUGGGCAUUCAAAUUCGAGUCCGAAGUGGUGGACAUGACUAUGAAGGUCUUUCUUACAUUUCAAGAAUCCCAUUUGUCAUUGUGGAUCUCAGAAACCUCAGCUCGAUAUCUGUUGACACAGAAAACUAUGCUGCAUGGGUUCAAGCUGGUGCAACUUUGGGCGAACUCUAUCACAGGGUUGCUGAAAAAAGUAGGAGACUAGCUGUUGUCGGCGGUACUUGUCACACGGUAGGUGUGGGAGGGCACUUCAGUGGAGGAGGAUACAGCAUGAUGUCGCGCAAAUUCGGGAUGGCUGUUGAUCACAUCAUUGAUGCCAAAAUCAUUGAUGUUAAUGGUCAAAUUUUGGAUAGAAACUCCAUGGGAGAGGAUCUCUUUUGGGCCAUUAGAGGCGGUGGAGGAGCAAGUUUUGGGAUUAUUGUUGCAUGGAAAAUAAGCCUAGUUUCGGUUCCAGAAAAUGUGACAAUUUUUAACGUAACCAAGACAAUGGAUCAAAAUGCAAUUGAGCUAGUACACAAGUGGCAAUACAUUGCUGACAAGAUUGAUCCAAACCUAUCAAUCAGGCUUGAAUUUAAUGCUGUAUCUUCUCCCCAAGAUGGAAACAGAACGAUCAGAGUAUCGUUUCUUGCUUUAUUUCUUGGCGGAGUUGAUGAUCUCCUUUAUUUGAUGCAGCAAAGCUUCCGCGAGAUGGGCUUGGUAAAAGAAGAUUGCAGCGAGAUGAGCUGGAUUGAGUCCACACUCUUCUUUGCAUCAUUACCCAGAGACGAAUCCAUUGAUGUUCUUCUAAGCAGGACUCCAGUGUAUAGGCUGUACUUCAAGGGGAAAUCCGACUUUGUUAGGCAUCCCAUUUCAGUAAAUGGUCUAAAAGGAAUGCUCCAAAGAAUUUUGGAAGAAGAUAGUACUAAUGCAUAUCGUUCGCUACAGUUCAGUCCUUAUGGAGGAAGGCUGAGUGAAAUCUUAGAAUCUGCGACAUCUUUCCCUCAUAGAGGAGGGAAUGUUUACAUCAUUCACUAUUGGGCUGCCUGGAGUAGAGAAUACAAUAAUGCAGAAAAUACGAGAGAAAUGAAGUGGAUCAGAAGGAUUUACAAAUACAUGGAUCCCUAUGUUUCAAAGUCCCCAAGAGCUGCCUAUUUGAACUACAGGGAUCUUGAUUUGGGAGUCAACAAUAUUGAUGGCAUCACAAGCUAUGAAAAAGCAAGCAUUUGGGGAACUAAGUAUUUGAAGCAAAAUUUUGACAGAUUGAUGGAGGUAAAGACUAUGGUGGAUCCAGGAGAUUUCUUUAAGAACGAGCAAAGCAUUCCACCAUUAUCAGAAGGUUGCCUUCGAGCCUCUACUUCUGAGUCCGGUAGUUCACCUUGUGAGAGGAUUCGGCAGUAG